AUGGACGUACCAAGUAAAAAGAGAAAACCGCCUCAGAUCUCCUUGAUAGAGAUCAAGGGAGAUGCUUUCCCCUUAAGCCAAACCACAAUUACAAAAUCUGGAUUCAAAGAGUUAUUUACCUUUGCUAGCUGUGAGGUAGAACCAUCUGACCCGAAUGAAAAUCACCCAGAACUUGGGAAACGUAUGAGGCAAGAGGAUACUGAAUCGCAAACUCAUUCAGAAGGAAAGCGUAUCAAACGAAUGGACACCAAAACGGAAACUGAAUCUGGAACUUGGACCCAACCAACCCAGCGUGCGUUCACUUUGGCCAGUCAUCUUCCUUCCCCUACUCCUAAGAGUGUUUCUUCUUUAAUUUCCAUGCACAACAAAGCUCCUUUACCAUUACAGAACGCCCCACAAGGUUCCUCUCAGAACCAAAAUGCUAUAUUGACCCAUGCCCCAGGUUCACAUAUUCUCAUCCUUCCCGGUCAUCUGCCUAACAGUACAAAGCUACCUCCAAACAACCGUAAAGCCAGGGUCCCCGAUUACUAUAAUAUGGACCGACCAUACCUUGCAUUUGAUUGUCUGUGCCGAGCAGCUCUGGAAAAUGAAAAAUUAAAGUCUAUCAAGUCAGCAGCCUUCGUUACCGACAUCGAUACGAUAUGGGGUCUCUUCUCCACUUUGAACGGUGUAGGUACCUCUUGUAGCAACCUCAACCGCAAACAGAAACAUGCUAAAGGAAUAUGCCUGGCGGUUCACGUAGUGGACGGUACCAUAUUUAUGAAGAUAGUCAACAGCCACCAUGUUGAUGGUAAUCACCACUACAAGGCCGCAACGCACCAUCUAAACAAAAAUAGUCGUCAAUGGUGCUGGGGUCCAUGUGUUGGUGUUAAGAGUAACAAACCGAACGAACUUAACACUUUUAAGCGUAUCAUGUCAUAUGAAUUUAGUGGUUUAGCUAUGGUGGUUGAGGAUCCUUACCAGACACUCACGGCUCCCCAUAGUUGCGGUGGAAUAUCUAAGCAGGAUCUGAAAGUUCAGGAUGAUUGGAAUUAG